UGGCUUCGUCUGUUAAAAACGCCCUCGUGCACUUUCCACAUGGGUUUAUAAGAAAACCGGCGAUUUCUUCGUGUGUCGUUUCUCCUCCACGUCAAGAUGACAGCUUCACAUCCUCUACUUCUGGCUUCACUGCUGUUACUCAGCGCAUGCGUGGUGAUGGGUCGGACCCUCGUCGCGGACAUCCCGGAAGUCACUGCGCUCUCCGGAUGGAACAUCACCCUGCAGUGCAUCGCCGAGUUUAAGCAAGGGGUCCCGUACCUAGCAGUGAGCUGGUACAAGGUUGAAGAAAGCCCAUCUCUGUCCCGCAGAGGCCUGUUGAGAAAAGAGCUCCCUGAUGGCCCAGCAAGGCUGUACGAGGGCAUGGACAGGGAGGUGGAGCUGCUGGACGAAGAUUACAGCAUCCUCCUGUCCAGCCUGACGUGCAGCGACAGCGGUCUAUAUUUAUGUCAACUGGCUGCACCUGUAGGCGAGCAGAACAAGGAAGGGAGGAUUCUCCUCUCUGUGAAAGAUUGUCCUUCUGAUUCAGUUUUGGAAGAGGUGGUGAGGGAUACCAGCUUGGUCAUUUUUGCUGCAGCACUACUGAUAGUCGCACUGUUAAUAUUUAUCAUCAGCCAUUACUGUUUGAAGAAUACUCUUAAAGAAAAGGACAAGACGCCAAAAAAUGAAAUUCUGCUGGAUGCUCCGCUCAAACCGCUUGAAAAGAAGGACCUGAUGUUGAUCUACACUCUUGGUCCUAAAGCAUCCACUAUGAAGCAUGUCUGUGUUUGAAGAUGCUGGGAACAUCCAGUGUUCAAGAGUAAGGAAACUGUGGAGCAAGAGGUCCAACAGGUCCAGUGGAGCAACAAAAAUAAUACAUUUUGUUUUAAAAGCACCUUUUAGAAAACCCAAAGACCCUUUAUGAUUAAUUUUAAAAGGCAAAAUUUGAAAUUUUCAGGUAAACUAAGAAAACAAAGGGCGCAAAGAAAGAAACUGACAAAGAAAAAGCUGUUUUAAACAGAUGAAUUUUGAGAUUUGAUUCAAAGAUAGUUAGUAAAUGUUCCGAUGUCUGAUGGUCAUAAGUUCCAGACGGAAAGGUCAGCUCCCUGGGAUGCUUGGGCACGCAGAGGUCCCAGUGAGAUAGAUGGAGGAUGAAGAUCCAAAAAGAGCAGAUGGAGGAGGGGAUGUGCAGGUACACAGCCCAUGGAGUCCUUUCAGAUUUGGGGCAAUGUAGCAAGAGGAAGUCCCUGUGGACAUGCACUCUAGAGUUGGUUCAGAACUUUAGAGAUGAGCAUGUGGCCAGAAUGAGUUGGACCUAAGGUUGUAAACUCAGGAGACAGAAUAGAUUCAACAACCUGGUUUCAAUUUUAGUCAAUGUUUUAAAAGUCACUUCCAAUUGUGGAUCAGAACCCACAUUUGAGUCUCAGGACAUCAAGGUCUCAAGGUACACUUUUCUUUUAUUUAUUUUUAGGCACUUUAUUUGUUACAAUGUUUUUAUGUUUUACGUGCUGGGUGUUAAAAUCCCACAGGCAAAUCACUGAGUAAACUGUUAUCUGCAAAUAUAUUAGACUGAUUAAAAACUGAGCCAUAAACAGUCUAAUCUUGAAUGUACAAUAGAAUCUACUUUAUUGUUGUCUUUCAUGAAUGUUUUGUUCUCUCUGUAGCGAUUCAAGCUCAUAAUGUUGCACACUUCAGUUGAACAGCAGACUACUGAACAUUAUGAGUGUUUUAUUCAAGGGUUCUCAAAAACACAGCAGCUUAUACAAAUGUACAGAUGGUUUUCUCUGAAAGCAAACUCUCCUCAAAAACUUUUCUUUUCUCUCAUUCACGCUGCCCUGCACGCUCAGACGUGACGUCAUUCUUCCUCGACGGUGCUAUUUCCGCCUGCUGGCCAUUUAUGAUACUACAAAAUGUUUUCACUGUUGUUACAUUGAACGAAUGCAUCUUGUUUCAAAAUGGUCACACAGUUAAAAGUCUGUGAAAGUUGUGGGCGUUUGUUGCAAAUGUUUUUUUAAAGCAAUGUUUUUUUCUUUAUAAAUGACUGUUUCUACAUUUUUGUUAAAAUAUAUUUUACUGUAAAAGCAUAGCUUAAUCUAAAGUACUUCACUACUAACAAGGAUCAGCAUGACUUUUUUGUGUGAAACAGAAUGCUUAAAUAUCACUGCACUUCACACUGGCAGCUUCAUCAUCUCUUCAUGUAUAGACUUUCAUUCAUAGACUGGUUACUAUUUGUUGUGAAAUUGUCACACAUCUGGGUUUAAUGCAUCCUACUGAAAUAAAAUUUAAAAAAUGAG